AUAUUUCUAUUCAGUAGUUGAAUGGCUAUCGAAUGAGAUGUAGAUUUUCGAAAUAUUUUCAAAAAAAUAAGUUUUUUUUUAUCAAUGCAACUUGCUUCGGUCAUUUGUGCUACUUACACGUAACUUAUGUCAGUGUUAAGUUGUGAAAGUUAAGUUGCAGUGUUUCGUGUUAUUUAAAUGUCAAAAUUAAGGAUUUCACCGUUUGUUAAACAAUGUUUCGUGACCGCGACGGUAUGCCUUACGACCAUCGGCCACGGAUCCGUGGUGGGCUUCCCGGCGAUCCUGCUGCCUCAGCUCAAGGACCCUGACUCCAGCCUCAUCCUCAGCAAGGAGGAGGGCUCAUGGAUAGCAUCAGUGACAGCGAUCUCCCAGCUGCUGGGCAGCUUCACCACGCCGCCCAUCAUGGGCCGGCUGGGGCGGAAGGUGGCUCACUUCGUCGUCAUAGCCAGUAUCCUGCUCGGCUGGACUGUCAUAUUGCUCGCUAAGAGCAUGGAAGCAAUGGUGGUAGGAAGAAUAAUUCAUGGCAUGUCUUUUGGACUGAUGCUGCCUCUACGCUCCGUCCUCCUCGGGGAGUACACCAGUCCGAAGAACAGGGGAGCAUUCCUCACGACCAUCUCCGUAGCCCAAGCCUUUGGUAUCCUACUCGUCCACCUCGUAGGAUCUCUGGUCUCGUGGCAAAAGACCAUCCUGAUCCUGAUCGCCUUCCCUCUAGCCAGUCUACUCAUGACUUUCUACACCCCUGAGUCUCCAAGCUGGCUCGCCGCUAGAGGGAGAUAUGAAGAAUGCAGGAAAGUCUUCCGAUGGCUCCGAGGUGACGGAGAAGAAGAGGAAUUAGAAGAAAUGAUUAGAGCUAGAUGUGAAUCGACUAGUACCCCGAUAUCUAACUGUAAGGAUCUUAUGGUGUUGUUGAAGAAGAAGGAGUUUUACAAGCCAAUAGUUAUUAUGAUACAUAGUUACCUGAUGGGAGAGUUCUCUGGCGGUGCCCUCAUGUCCUGCUACUCCACAACUGUCAUCACUCUUCUGGCUGGUCCUGAAGUGGAUGCUCAUGUGUGGAUGAUAGCUUUAGAUACUCAGAGGAACAUUUCUAAUGCUAUAGCAGUAUUCGUAGUGCAUAAAGUGAAGAGAAGAACAAUGUUCAUGGCGACAGGAGGUCUCUGCAUCGCCAGCAACAUCGCCAUUGCUUGCUAUGUGUACGCCAGAGUUCUCGGAGUGUUGACCUACACGGCAAUAUGGCUGCCAAUAUUACUCAUCAAUAUACAAUUCUUCACAGUAGCUGUGGGGAUGGUUUGCCUUCCAUAUGUCAUCGCUGGGGAGAUAUUCCCCUUGGAAUAUCGAAGUGUUGGCAGUAGUAUAAGUAUAGUUUCCAUAGCUUGUGGGUAUUUUCUAGUCACGAAGUCGUUCCCUGCCAUGGUUGAUAGUAUAGGUCUGCAUGGUUCAUAUGCAGUUUAUGCAGCAGCCAUGUCAUAUAACCUGUGUGUGGUCUGGUCUCUGUUGCCUGAAACCAAAGGGAAGACCCUGCAGCAGAUAGAAGAGCAUUUCAGAGGAAAGACGUUGGUUCCUGAGGAGUUAGAAGCCAGACAACAUUUGAAAGAUAAGAAGACAGAUGUUGAGAAAUCUCACACUGAUGUUUAAAUGUACAAAAAUAAAUUUGUGUUUUGAACUGAGUGUUAUCUUCCGUUUUAAAAUUGUUCAAAAAGAAGCUGCUAGCCAGAACAUAAGAGGGCAUUUAAACAACUUUGUUUAUAUCUCCCUAAAUGUAAUUUAAAAAAUGUUGUACAAACAACAUUAAUUUCUCAUAGAUAAUUCUAGAGAUCUUUAUUGUACAUUGAUAGCCCAUAGAUAGAUACAUGUAAGGAUUAGAUUAAGUUAAUUAAGUGACGAUUUUGUACAUAAUAACAAAGUAUAAGCUGUUGUUGUAUUAAUCUCACUUAGUAAUAACUUUUUGAUAAAACAAUUGUGAUAUUGCUAGAUACUUAAUGUAGUCCUCAAUUGUGAGAAACAUAGUUUUAUAAUUUGUAUCUUUUGUAAAUAAACAAAUAUUUUCUGAUAA